ACUAUUUCCAACAKAACGUUGUUUGUUUCGGAGUGUUGGCAAAACUUGGGGUUGAGUGCGUUGUCGUAGCASGCAACUAUGAUUCGAGGUUUCAGCGAGCGAUUACUCGGGGCCAGCAGGAAGAAAGUUGAAGACGAUGGCGGGACAAACGAGAAACUGAAGGGGGCGGGACGGCCUUCCUUGCUCUCUCAUUAUUCCCUGCGCAUGAAGAAUUUUCAGAGCUUUGUGAGCGAUGUGAGCGCGGGAAGCGAGAGCGACGAAUACAGCGUCGUUAGUAGUAUYGUGGAAGAGAGCKACGAGGACAACAGCGACGCUGGUGACGACUCUGACUUGAGUUCGGUGUACACCACACUCACGGUGGAAACCAUCCGGACCGCGGAAAACGAAAACGUCAAGCCCCUGGCGGCUCCGAAUUCCAGGUCGACGCAGAUUUUUGUMGGGGCCAAUUCCCCGACUGCAGAUCUCAAGGCCUCGCUUAACGACGUGGGAAAACUGUCCAUUUACGCCAAGGAAGUGACCAUAUCUAAAUCCGUGGCGUGCGCGUUUCUGGAACUGGUCCGGGGGGACAAUCGUUCUUGGGAGGCAAUCGCGGUGGAUAUUUUGCGACAGAAGGCACGGUGGGAUUCCAUCGUCCUAGACGGAUGCUCCAGUAGCACCGGUCCKAGUACCAGCAAUGAGAGUGCGAAGCAGGAUAACGACGAAGCCAACGAGAAAAAUGGUGACGAMGAUGACARAGAAAACGAUGACAAAGGCGAAGAAAACAAAAACGAAGAUACCAACAUUACCCCYGCGACACCCAAAUUCCUCGACUUGGUUUUAUCCGGUAUCCUCAACGUAGACAAUUGUUCCUACCUCCACCUGACGGGAUUGGAGUGGAGAUCGAGCACGGCCUUUACCAUGCAGUCGAUAAUGUUCUCCCAGUGCCUAAAAAAGCUGCAGCUGGACUUUCUAGAUUUGUCCAAGCACGUUCCGGCGCUGGUGGCGGGGUUGUCGGGGAACAAGAGCUUGACCUGCUUCAUCGCAAGUCGAUGCGGCCUUGACGACAACCAUCUUGGGUGUAUGCUGAGGCACCUCCCCMUGAGGCUCGAGGAACUGAGGAUCUUUGGCAACAAGUGUCGUUCCAAGGGGCUCGCGUCGCUGACCAGGAUGAUAAAGAACAGAAGGGCGAAACUGAAAAUCCUAGACCUAAGCUUCCAGCACAUCGACCCGGGCGAAGAAUUUGACAUUACCAACUUUGCAGAAGCGCUUGGGAACAAUAAAAGUCUCACGAUUCUGGAUCUGGACAAUGAUUCCCUGGACGACAACCACCUCACACUCAUCGUCGAGGCCUUGUGCAAGAACAAGACCCUGGAAGAAAUCAUGCUAAACCACAACAAAAUUACGGGAGAAGGCGUGGCCAUGUUGGCAGCAAAAUUUGGGGAAAUGAAAGGGCUAAAAAAGAUUUCUAUGUAUAGUAACCUUUUCGAUGCCACGUCGACGACCGUAUAGUAAGAUUAGAAACCUAAAUUUCGCUCGUUCCUUUGAAUGAAUAGUACAAACGAACAAGCGAGCGAGCAGACGAAAGGUAGAAAAAGCCACUACAUCAAGGGGACCCCAAAMAUAGGGAUGUAAUGAAUUGAUCAAGCACUC